AUGGUUGACAUUGUCCCCCUCUCAAGCUACCCCUCCUACAUCGACCUCCUCCCCUCAAUCCAAACCUGCAACAUAACAAACCUCCCCGAAAACUACUUCCUAAAGUACUACCUCUACCACGCCCUGACAUGGCCCCAGCUAAGCUUCGUCGCCGUCGUCCGCCCUCGCUCAGGCUACAAGGCAUCCACGGGACCCGGGGGUGCAGGUGCUGCCGGUGAUGUCUCGGGCGAGUAUCCCAAGGUUGUGGGCUAUGUGCUUGCAAAGAUGGAAGAGGAGCCUACGGAUGGGAAGCAGCAUGGGCAUAUUACUUCGUUGAGUGUGAUGCGCACGCAUCGCCGGUUGGGAAUUGCCGAGAGGUUGAUGAGGAUGAGCCAAAGAGCAAUGGCCGAAUCCCACCGCGCCCACUUCGUCUCCCUACACGUGCGAGUCUCCAACGUCGCUGCACUCCGUCUUUACCGUGACACGCUCGGCUUUGAAGUCGAGAAGGUUGAGAGUGGGUACUACGCUGACGGCGAAGAUGCGUAUGCCAUGCACCUCAACCUGCAGAACAUGUGGCUUGACUGGAAGGCCAUUGAGAAGCGGGAUCGCGAGAAUAAUAAGGAGAAUGGAGAGGGUGAUGAUGAGAAUGUUGAUGAGGGGGAUGAAGUUGGUGAGCUUGGCAAGAAGGAUGCCGAGAAGAUGAUUCGUGUUAAGGUUGGGAGGGGGCUUGGUGUUGGAGAUUUGGUUGAGAAGAAUGAGAGUCAGUGA